CGCUCGACGCGCCCGGACAGUGCGGGACGCGAGUCACGCGAGAAAUCGCGAGGCGGCCGUGUUUCGGACGCGUCGAUCGACGUUGCACCUCGUGCCUCGUGCCCUCGUGGCUCGUGGCGCGACACGCGACCUUCGCCUCGCGCGAUGUCCCUCAGAUGUUUCGCGUUCGCGCCUUCCUGCGCCCACCGCCUCCCGCCCUCGACCCCAAGCCCAAGGCGCGACUUUGGCCUGCGAGCAGGAAUUCGCGCACAAGUAUCCGUCGGCACGUAGGACGCGCGACUUUUCCUUAGCAUCGGUCAACACGUCCCUCGCCGGAAUGUAUAUGAUGAUGCGUCAACAUGGUUCCACCGGUUUUCGCGCCGGAUAAGCCGGAUUUGUUUAGCCCCUGGCACAUUAUUAACUUUUCCGUCGCGGAGGAACUGGAGCUGAAAAACGCUACCGGGAGAGGCAGCUACCAGUGCGCAUAGUGCGGCGGUUAAUGGCAGUGAGGAUAUACGUGUCUAAUUAAAAAACCAUUCAGAGUUAAUUACGGAUUUGAGAUUUCUUAAAUUUAAUUCAUGAGUUGAGUCGAGAAUAAAAAGUUUCUGUUACAUAAUCUUUAUUUAAAGAUGGAGUUGUCGUCGGAAAUAUUGGAGAGCUUAGUUAUGGAUAACAAGGAUGUUAUGGAGGUAUUGAAAGAUGGAAAUGUUACGGAAGAGAACAUUAUAUUCGAAUCUGAAGUAACCGCCGAAGAUUCUGAGGAGGCAGAAAUAGAAGAGAUCAUAGAAAUAAUUGAAGAAGUCGAGGAGGAAGGUGAAGAGACACCACCGGAUGGUAAUGCCUCGGAUAAGGACAAGUUGGCGGAUGCGCAGGACAGUGAAACGCGUGAAAAGACAAAGAGAAAUGACAAGGCGACUAGUAAAAACAUGGAACUUUAUGGCUUCGACGAGGAGAACUCGAUGUUUACUUCGCACGUGGAAAAGGAACCCGUCAAAAAUGUAAAAAGUAGUACGCAGAAAACCACUAAGAAGCAAGUUAUAAACUAUGACGUUGAUGAGGAUUGGGAGGAUGAGGAGCUGGAACGCGUGGAUGGGUUGGACAAUAAUUUCGAAAUGACGGAUAAUCGCGCGAGCUCUUUGCGGACGCAGGCUGACAAGAAGCAUGUAAAUAAUCAAACUAUCCUGUUGCCAUCAAACAGAUUAGAUUUAAAGAUCCAUGUGGAUUCUACGGGAAAAGUGGACAAAUCUCGAAUGGAUGGAAAUAAAGUAAACAAUAUCGAGGACGAUAGUGAGUCGACUCAAGAGAUAGUGAAAAAUACAGAGAAUAAUCUGUUGUACACGGUGCUUGGAACAAAGAAGCCAGAUGCUACCGUUAAGCAGCAGCAAGAAAAGCUCAAUGAUCACUACGUCAAAAUGGAACGACUUGAAGCAAAUACCAUACCGGUUGAGGGUACCAUUUACUACGAAGGCGACAACAUGGAGACACUGUACGUAGCGCAAGCUAUCGACGACAAUGAACAAUAUCAAUAUGAUAACACAACGAUGGAGCAAGAUGAGCAAAUGUCUUGGGAGGUGCCGAAUUCCGAGACCAAUCAAAAUCAAGAAGAAGACAGUUCUCAAGAUCAAAUAUUUUUGCACGAGGACGAAGACGGUCAAUUAUACUUCAAGGAUGCUAGCGGAACUCUGCAACCGGUAUAUUUAACCGAGGACGGAAAUUACGCGAUUGCUGAAAGCAGCGACGACAAUACCAAUAAAGAAUCGCAAUCUAAAUUACAUCAGAACAGCAGCACGGUCGAAGAGGAGUCUUUUAUUUUACCUGAUAUAGAUUCAAAGUCUGUUUCUAAUAAACAGACUACAAGUACGGUGUCGUCGUCGCUUCAAGAUUUUGACAAUGAAGACAAUACUGUGACUAUAUCCCUGAUAAUAUCAGAGGAUGAGAAUGGACAAAAGAGAACUCAAGUCAUUAUACCAACAACAGACAAUUUGAAGUGCGACAUCUGUAAUAAAAGCUUUAAAACAUCUUUCCAAUUACUGAGGCAUAAUAGACUAAAGCACGCUCGUGAAGAGGAUAUAACUACGAGAAACUUUCCUUGCGAUUCGUGUCCUAAAAGGUAUCCAGAUCAGGGUUCGCUCGCCCGCCAUCGAAAGACUCACACCGGUGAUCGACCGUUCCAGUGCUUGGAAUGCCACAAAAAUUUCCCUACAUCCACGGCGCUACGUCGUCACUUGACACUACACAAUUCCCAAUCGCGACCGCUUCCUUGCAUUUACUGCGGUCGACGGUUUAUGGAUAAGACCAGUCUGGCGAAACACGAGGAGUCGCAUAUGCCUAACGAACAACGCAAGUACACGUGUGAUAUAUGCCAGAAGACCUUCCACCACAUAACCGACCUGAGUAUGCACAAGAAGCAUCACGAUCCCGACAAGAAGUUCGAUUGCGAAGUAUGCGGUCGUGAGUUCAACAGAUUGAACAAUCUGCAGAGACACAUGCUGGUACAUCAACAACAACAGGGAGGAAAUGAGGAGAUACUUUCCUGCGACGUGUGCGGAAUUACGUAUAAAUUCAUGAGCUCAUUAACGAGGCACAUGGUGACCACACAUAUGAAUCCCGAGAAACUGCGACAGCAGGCGGAGGAGCAACGGAGAAAACGCGAGAACAACUAUCGGAAAUACCUAGAAAACCGAAAGAUGUACGAAACUCAGAAUUAUGGUACAAAGCGUUCAAAAUACAAUUUACUCACCGGAGAUAACGACGAAACAGCCUGACUUAAAUUUUCCUGUAGUUUCUUGGCAGUUUCGUAAAAAUAUAAUACGAUUGUACGUUCUGUGAGAAUAAUAACGUAUAUAUUAGUAAUAUCUUUGUAUCAUUGGUAAGACAUGCAUUUAAUUUAAUAAGUAUAUCAGCAACAUAUAUAACUACGAUGAGCACGUGUAAGUGUCUUGCGUGGACAUUUAUACAUAUUUAAUUAUAUUACAUUAUGAACUAGUAUAUGAUGUGAUGAUGUACUAUAGCCAUUAAGUACAUAUACAUAUAUGUACACGUGUACACUCACACACAGAGAGGGAGGGGGGGGGGAGAGAGAAAGAAAAGAUACAAGUACCUACAUAAGAAUAAGAUUUCUUUAGUCUCUUGCAUGCACCAAAUGACUUAAAAAUAAAAUAGCAUCGUCUGUACACACGAA